AACAUCGAAUACUUUGUAAACUACUCGAACUGGUCAGUGAAAAAUUUCAGCUCCAGUUAUCAACAGUCAUAUUCUAUGUCCCAUGCGCUAUUUUUUGUACGAUAUAUGGAACACUAAAUGAUCUACUGGAGAUAGAGGAGAUAGCUUUUAUGGUAUGCUUCUUGCUUGGCAGCACAUUUGCAAUGCUCAAGUAUUUCCAUGAAGGCAUAAUACUGUAUAACAAGAGCCAUGGUAUUCUACAGGAAAUUUACAAAUCAAACAUUGGUGAUAUUACCCCAGAGGCUAAAAUGGAGUUGACAUUUUUCAUUAAUCGCCUUUCUAAUGCUCGAAUCGGAUUAUGUAUUGGAAGAUUCUUCCUCGUAAACCAUUCAUCUGUUCUCGGCAUCUUUGGAACUGUGGUGUCAUAUGCGAUUUUGGCCUACCAAACGUCGAGUACCUAUUCUUCUAAUGUUCAGCGUCACCACGAAAUCCUGCCACAAAAUUCCACAAUGGGGCAUCUAAAUAGAACACUUCACAAACCAAUCAUCUAAAUACCUUACUGAAUCUUGACAGACAAUGGAGUCGUAUUUGACUUUUAGAAUACGUUUUCUUUUAAUCUUUCUUUGAAUUGGGUUUGUAAUUUCGUCAGUCAAUAAAUUUAUGUUGUAUCCUAUAUAAACAAGGGUAACUCGUAAAUUGACAAAACGAUGAAUAACCUUAAUCGAUUUUUGCUUAAAUUCUUAUCAAAGGUUUCUACAUCAAUCUCACCAAUUCCAAUGAAACAGACAACCAAUUUAUUUAGAGUGUUGAACAUUUACAGUAGCUACAGUAAACGGGAAUUGCUAAUUUGCAUACCGAACGCGAUAACAUUUUAUUUCAUAAAUUCCAGGGGUCCUUCAACGGAGAUCUCAGCACGCACAAUAUCAAGUUAUGGUAUGCCGUGAGCAUCAUCUAUAUGGUGUGGAAAAUAUUCUAUCAACAUUGUUCAAAUGGUAUAGGUAUCAUCUUUAAAAUUCAUCUGGGGCUUGGCCCUCGUGCCAUCCGUCUACUACAGAAAUCACGUUCGUGUUGUAUCCCAACACUACGACAGAACUAUUUCACCUCAACUGGUCCUGCUCCCUUCAAUAUUGUGCCAGCCCAUAUAAUACUAGACAAACCAACCACCUCCGGAUA